AAACACUUUUUCUCCCUAACACCUCCAAGAAUCAACAGUGUUUGCUUCCUUUCAAAAACCACUUUUAAUUCAAAAUUUUCAUAAAACAUUUCAUCUCUCCUCAUUUACACUCUAGUGGAGCCUCAGAAUUGAAAACACUGAAGAGGCUAAUUAAUGUGAAUGAUGCCUCAAGUGAAUAGAGAGCACAAGAGAGGCAGAAAACAAGAAAGGCAACAGCAAGUAGCCAAUGGAGCUGAAUCAAGAACCCCUUCCAAGAAGAAGAGGUUCAUGUUUGUGAAGCUUAAAGGGCUGGGUUGUAAAGGGGCGCCGAUGACAGCACCGGCGAUCAUAAGGUCGGCGGCUGAGUGGGAAGCUAAGGGUGCAAGAAAUCAGAAGAAGAGGAAACCUUUGCAUAAUCGACGGAACCUGGAUAAUGUUGUCGUUGAUGUUCCUGAUGUGUGUUGUACGCCUCCCGGAAUCGGCAUUGCUUCGGACGUUGCACCUCGAGCUAGGAACCAUGCACCACAGAGAAAGCAUUUGCGAGAAGCACGAAGAAACGAUGAUGAUGCAGCUGCUGAAUUUCCGGGGGUUUUAUCAGUCGGGAUCGGGUCAAGAACUUCUCACCGUUCUGCUGAAGAAAUCAUUGAGAUGCUGAUGGCCCGACAAGCUCUGCUGCCCGGAAGAAUACUCCGGCAACGUGACCGGUAUCAGGAGUGGAGGCUCGACGUGGAUGAUAUGUCGUAUGAGGAGCUGCUUAAUUUAGGCGACAAGAUCGGGUACGUAGGCACUGGGUUGCAGGAAGCAGAGAUAUCCAACUGUCUGAAGAAAUUCAAACAUAUCAACAAAGACUGGGAAUGCAGCAUUUGCCAGGAGAAAUGCAAGGUGGAUGAUGAAAUAGGAAUGCUUGAAUGUGGUCAUCAUCAUCAUGUUGAAUGCAUAAAGCAGUGGCUUCUACACAAGAAUGCAUGCCCUGUCUGCAAAUCUGCUGCCCUGCGUGACAAGUCUAAUUGAGCAAAGGCUGUUUUUCGACCUUUGUGUGCCCGAAAGAUUUCUCACCUUUUUUCCAUGACUUUUUACUUGUGUGCUUCUGGCAGAGAUUGCCUAUUGUAAUGCAUAAUUAAGCAGAUUUUGCUCCCUAUAUCAUAAUUCAAUAUUUUGCAGCAAAUAAUCUCAA